CAAAACAGUUACUAUUUAACUAAGAAGAGCUUCUUUGACAUUUCUAAUUGGCUUUAUUAGUUUAUUGCCUCGGAAUAUUCAGACAAAACACACACACACACAAAGGAAAGAGAGAAGAAAGAAGAUCAAAAAAAUGAAAUCUGAGCUUAUCUUCAUACCGUAUCCAGGAAUCGGUCAUCUCCGAUCAACAGUCGAGAUGGCAAAGCUACUAGUCGACCAAGAAAACCAUCUCUCCAUCUCCGUACUCAUCAUUCCUUUCAUUACCGGAGCCGAAGCCGGCGCUUCUGCUUACGUGGCAGCUCUCGCAGCCUCCUCCAACGACCGCCUCCGCUACCAAAUAAUUACCGGCGGAGAUCAAACAACCGCAGAGCCGAAGAUGCCUGACACCCAUAUCGAGAAUCAUAAGCCACAGAUUAGACUCGCCGUUGCGAAACUCGCCGAUGGCUACUCGACGCAGCCAAACUCGCCGAGGAUCGCCGGAUUCGUCGUCGACAUGUUCUGCACCUCGACGACAGAGGUUGCGGACGAGUUCGGCGUUCCGAGUUAUCUGUUUUACACCUCAAACGCUGGUAUUCUCGCACUCGGGUUUCACAUCAAGAUGUUGUACGACGAGAACAGAUACGACGUCAACGAAAACGAUUUCGAAGACUCGGAAGCUGAGUUGAUCGUUCCGAGUUUGACUCGUCCUUAUCCGGUGAAAUGUCUUCCUCCGGGUUUCGCAUCGAAAGUGUGGCUCCCGGUCUAUAUACAUCUCACAAGAAAAUUCAGAGCGAUGAAAGUGGGACCACUGCUGCAUCUAGAGAAACAAGUGGACGAGAAACAACCGGAGAUUUUACGGUGGCUGGACGAGCAACCGGCUAGAUCGGUAGUGUUCCUCUGUUUCGGGAGCAUGGGAGGAUUCGGUGUGGAACAAGUGCGAGAAAUCGCCGUCGCGCUAGAGCGAAGCGGCCACCGUUUCUUGUGGUCUCUCCGUCGUGCGUCUGAAGAUAUAAUGAAGGAAUUUCCCGGAGAAUUCACGAACCUGGAGGAGAUUCUCCCGGAAGGAUUCCUUGUUCGAACGGAGGAGAAGGGGAAGGUAAUCGGAUGGGCCCCACAGGUGGCUGUUCUUGAGAAUCCGGCGAUCGGAGGUUUUGUGACUCACUGCGGGUGGAACUCGACGCUAGAGAGUCUCUGGUUCGGUGUUCCGACGUUGGCGUGGCCGUUGUAUGCAGAGCAGAAAUUCAACGCCUUCGAAAUGGUGGAGGAGCUCGGAUUAGCGGUGGAGAUUAAAAGGUAUUGGAGAGGCGAUCAUUUGGCGGGAGCGGCGAAGCACUUGGUGACGGCAGAGGAGAUUGAGAGAGGGAUCAUGUCUCUGAUGGUGCAGGAUAGUGACGUGAGGAAGAGAGUGACGGAGAUGAGCGAGAAGUGCCGUGUGGCUCUAAUGGACGGUGGAUCGUCGCGGAUUGCUUUGCAAAAGUUUAUUGAAGACGUAAAGAAGAAUAUAGUUUCGCCGGAUAAGGAAAUAUAAACUUGUACGCUCUUGAAUAGGCCCAAUAUGGUUUAUUUACAAGAUUCGUUUAUACGAUCUUUGUUUAUAAACUUUUAAAAAUGUCACAAAUUUGUAACGAUUUGUAACAAAAUUUUGUUACAACUUAUUGAUGUAAUAAAUUUUGUAGCUAUGCUACUCAAUUCUUGUAGUGUUACUACUUUGAAGUGGAGAUGGGGAUAUAUAAUUAUAUAGUACGUUACGUACGUAUGCAUGGAACUUGA